CGUCAACAGUCCAUCCACCCGACUCUCUCUUUCGUCUUUGUCGCUCCCUUCUGUCAAUUCCCAAUCCAGUCACUCCUUUGAGCUGACCUUAGUCUUUCCUUACCUUGUACAUACCCUCGACUACGCUUGACUAAUUGCCACAACCUCAACAGUGGACGGGUUUCCACACUCCAUUUCGCUCGUUUCUCAUCGUACCUUGGUCUUGACAACGACAAUCGACAUCCAUUAGAACUCGACGAUCUACAAAACCACCACUCCUUGAAUCAUCACAGCAAUCGACCUCGUCACCAUGAACUAAUAAACACUUCACCUUUGGCCGGAUUUGCGACUCGAGAAAUCCAUCCUCUCCCUCAACUGGGGCUCAUCCCACUGUACAAGAAUGUCGGAUUCCUUCCUCCCCGAACACGAGCCUCAGAUCCAAGCUCGAAGUCCAUACCCAGCCGCACGCCCAGGCCCCAUUCCCGAUAACAGACUUGAAAAUCUCUUUGUCGAAAAGCCUCCUUCACUGGUUGUGAGGGAGGAGACAUCCUCCUCCUUCUCCUUCUCCACCGCGACUGCUUCGACGUCUUGUGGACCCAACGACAAGGCUGGAGCGUGUGAAAAGUAUUUUGGCUCGGAUGGAUCAGGAAACACCCUGCCCAUUGUACUGGGCGUGGUCAUCCCUCUCGUCAUCGCCUUUGCUGUUCUGAUUUAUCUUCAUCGUCGCCACGUCAACAAGCUGAAGAAGGAAGAUGCCGAGGAUAAGCACAAGUCGUUGGAUUUUGGGCUCGGGCAUGGCGGUGGAAUUGGGCACAACAAGAAAAAGGGUCACAAGUUUCCUGAAAUGACCAUGGCGUCUGAGAAACGCGAGGAGAGAGGCCGCCAACCACGUGGCCUGUCCAUGGACCUGGACAUGAACAACCCGUACUUGCUUCCACCAGGACUCCAAGGUUCGCGCGAGUCCCUGCAUUCGCUGUCCCGAUCGAUAAAUGGAGAAGACAGAUAUCGACCCACGGCAUUCAUUCCUGACGACGGCUCCAUACGCUCGCCUUCGAGUGUGCGGGGUCCUGCGGACGACGCCUCGAGCUGGACCGGAUCCUCCAUUCGUCGAUUUGACUACGAUUCGAAACAGAAUCUUGUUCCUAAUGCACAGCCUAAUCCUGUUGGCAGACCAUCCUUUGGCAGUGCAGCUUCCACAGACCGUGGUCUAUCACGUGAUAAUGACCCUGCUUCUCGAAGGCCUGUCAACAAUUCCAACUUGAACCUUCUCGCACCAGGCCCCACGGCGGAUGCAAGAGACUCUUUUGUCAGUACAGUCAGCAGUAACGGUCCCGUUAGCGCCCUGCGGGCUAGCAACAACUACCUGGCCCAGUAUAUCAGCGGUGGCAAAAAGCAAGAUCCGGUCACCACUCCCUCAGAACCUGUUGUGUCCCAGACACCUCUGAAUGCAUCUACUGAUCUAGCUGUCCCACCUCCAGUCAUUGUCAAGGAUGACUAUCAUUCUCGCCAACCUUCCGCCGUCCCCUCAAGUCUUCAAGAGCCCAACUCUUCGGCGCCCAGUAUCACCUUCAAUGCUCCCGAGGAUAAAGAGGCUGGGCCAUCUUUCCAGUACGAAGGACGGGACGUCAGUCAUAGCUCUAUGGAACAAUCAAGCUCUACCUUCACCAACGAGCCAACUACUGACGCUACUCACCAAUAUACAUCUGCCUCAUCAACAGAACCGACCCGGAACGACGAUCCUUCGCAAGCCCUCGAACCACAUGUUCAGAAGGGUGUAAGCACCGACGACGACCAGGUUGACUACUAUGACGAAUCUGAGGAGUACCCUGCCUAUUUUGACAAUCAAGAUGAGCUUGGCUACGACCCCCGUCGAAUUACCUGGGGCACACGACCACUGCCGCCUGAUGACCCAUCUGAAAACCCAGAGCAAAGGGCCAACCGGAUCCGGUCAUUUUACAAGGAGUAUUUUGACGAGAGCAAGCCACAAGCGCACGAGCAGGACUACUACGAUGGCUCAGAAGGAUACUAUGAUACGUACAACCAAGAUGCCUACUACGAUCAGUCGCAGUAUUACCCUCCGAGAGGUUACCCUCCACCACUGGGCUCAGGGCGUCAUCGAGCGACCGUGUCCAAUGGCAGUUACAUGACAGGCCCUCGAGCAUUCUCAUCAGCCUCCUCACGUGAUCAACCACGGUACCCGAUGCCACGCAAACAACAACUACCACCACCGAAAGCGUUGAACAUCCUCCCCUCACCGCAUCUACUUAAAGAUGGUGCGACCAUGCUUCCAACGGACUUUGCUCCUCCUCAGAAAUUCUCCAAUCAGCGAUCAGGUACGCCGACCAGCCUUCGUGGUGGUGCCAGACCAUAUUCGCCGGCUGUUCGAGCACACGUUCCCCUGGCUUCGUCGAACGACGAUCUGGCAAUCAUGCCAAGCCCUCACCAACUGCGGAAGUCGUCGACGUUUUCAGCACUGGACUUUGCCCCGCCCGGGCGGAUAAGGGUCAACGAUGCGAUGAGUGAAACCGGCAGUAUCCGGAGCAAUGGUUCGGGCUUGUCGGCUCUACAUGUUCGAAACAUUCGAACUGGCGCUUACCGGGUGUCGCGUAUUCCCAAGAACGUAGCCGGGACGAGAGAAGAGAUGAAUGAAGCACUCAAGCCACAAUGGAAUCUCAAUCGAUAGUAUCGGUCAGAGCAAGCAGUUACCUGUCAGUUAUGGCUAUGAUCAGAAAGCCACAGCAUAGCGGAGGAGUUUUGGCACAGGCAACUCGAUGGUCGAGUCCACAAAGCCUUGGAGCUGGGAAGUUUUUGCUCCCAUUGUAUAGCACAAUUAUUUUGAGCAUAAGCAUACAAUGAAAGACCCGAUACAUAGGGUGAGAUUUGAGUAAGCGAUUGGCGAUUUGCAUGAGAGAUAUUGCAGUGUGAACCUCCAGGGCUUGGCCACUUUGAGCUUGAUCUCAAUAUGCCUCGUGACGCUACGAUCGACUUUUACUAUGACUACGAGGACGAGUUGAUGAAUGGUUCAUCAAGUGGAUUGAGA